UGACCUUAAAGGACGUAGCAGUUAGCACCUUAUAUUAAUAUGGGAAGAAUAUAGAGUGAAUAAGAAGGAUAUAAUUCUGACGCGAAUCUGUCGGAGAAGAGAAAACGAGGUACUUAAUUCUGUCAGCUUCUCCACAUAUUUCUCACGUAAAACUCUAGGAACAACACACAUACACUACUUUGUUGUUUUCUCGUUCCAUGCACUUUAUUUUGAUUAUUAUCGUUAAUAUUCAUCACAUAGAGAGAGGAGAGAUCAAAGAGGAGGAAACACAAACAUGGCAGAAGAAGGGAAGAGAGUAGGUGUAGCCAUGGACUUUUCACGGGGCAGCAAGAAAGCUUUGAGGUGGGCAUUGGACAACUUGCUUCGUAGCGGUGAUCAUCUCAUCCUCAUCGUCGUUCGCCCUGAAAACAGUUACGAGUCCGGCGAAAUGCAGCUCUGGGAAACCACCGGCUCUCCUUUGAUCCCUUAUGACGACUUCUCAAACCCUACAAUCAUGAAGAAAUAUAAGAUAUCACCUGAUGCAGAAACACUUGAUGUGGUGAAAAAUGCAGCUCAGGAGAAACAGAUUACCCCACUCUUGAAGAUCUUCUGGGGAGAUCCUCGUGAGAAGCUAUGUGAAUCAAUUGAUAAAAUCCCCUUGACCUCUCUUGUCAUCGGAAACAGAGGACUCGGUCCACUUAAAAGGGUUUUCUUAGGUAGUGUAAGCAACCAUGUGGUGAACAAUGCGACAUGCGCUGUAACUGUCGUGCACUAAGCGAUUUCAUUUCCGACUAAAUCUGAUCUGCUGUUUGGUUUGGUGGUGAGACGUGAACAUCCGUUGGCUAUUCCGAGUAGUCUAAUGCUGUUUGGUUUGGUGGUGAGACGUAAAGACAUCCGUUGGCUAUUCCGAAUAGUCUAGCAGAGUUCUAUGUAAUAAGUUCUGUUGUUUGUAGAAAUGUGUCACAGUAGAAACUUUAAUCUGGAAUAGGCAUGCUUUAUAAUCAA